ACAGUGGGAGAAACCUGAAGGAUUUCAAGACAACUCUCGAAACUCACAAAUGACAGGAGUAUGGGUGGAAGGAGUCAGUGAAGAUGGUCAGACCUACUAUUAUAAUACAGAGACAGGAGUAUCAAUGUGGGAGAAGCCUCAUGGUUUUGUUUCAUCUUCGUAUGAGAGCAAUAAAGAUGACAAUCAUCCUGAAGAACACACCACAGCGGAUUCAAAGGGAUCUGAAUCAGAUGCUGAGAAGGAUGGUAAUAAAAGUGAAGUACAAAAGCCAGAAACAAACUUAAAGAUGAAAAGAGACAGCGAUGAAGAAACAGAGGAAGAGAAGCCCCCCAAAGUUAAAAAGAUAAGCCCUUAUGGAGAGUGGCAGGAAGUUAAACAAGAAACUGAUGUUGCUCAGGAUGAGGCCCCGUCAGUUCCACAAGUUACCUCCCACAAUGUAUCUAAAAAGACAAACCCUUAUGGAAACUGGGAGACAGUUACAGAAAAGGAAGACCCAUAUGAAAAAGUGGACUUAGAGCUUCCCAGUACAGAGAGUGACUAUCUCCCUCUGCCAGUGCUCCAGGUUCCAGAGGAUGCAAAAAUGAUAUUUAAAGAAAAAACAGUCACCUCCCUUGGAGACCUGACAGAAGAGGUUCCGAUCUUCAAAAAGAGAAAAUUUGAAAAUGGAAAAUCUAGAAAUUUACGACAAAGACCAACUGAUCAGUAAUAAAUUAACAAAGCAUUUUAGAUGCUGUUUAAACGAGAGAGGGUCAAAAGUUACUAUUUUAAACAAGCUUUUUUUAAAGAAAAUGUUGGUUAGAAAUUAAGAAUUUAUAGUUAUUCAAAAAUGUAUUGAAUGUGGAUUGUAAUAAAUUUUUUAUUUUUAUGUUAAUGUGAUUAUAUUUUGUUUUCUGAAUGGAUAAUUGCACAAUUUAUGCAGUGUUGUAAAUACAUUUAUUUUUUAUUUUAACCCUGUUAUCUGAUUUCAGUUUGCUCAAUGUGUGCUACUUAAAAUACAAUAUAAUAUAUAAGAUUUUGACUACUCUCCUAGGUAUAUGGGAAUACAUCAAUGCAUAACUUGGAAAAAUAUGGUACAGAGCAUGUGUGUGAACACAAGGAGUGGAUAAGCGGCAGUCCACUGGUACCCAUGUACU